AUGGUAUAUCUAAAUUAUAUUGUAAAUUACUUCAACUGUCUUCAAGUCCCCCCCCACCUACCGCCGCCCCUCUUCAGGCAGAUGAUAAGCCGUAUGCCAGGAGUGUCCUUCAUCUCUCGCGAUUCUUCCCUUCUUUCAUCGGGUCAAUACUCAUCUCAAGAACAGUCUCCAGCUCUUUCUCGUCACAUAUCGCUUGGUGAUCUCUCCAGCCUUCCUUCAUCCAUCUCUUGGGCAAGCCGUGCUACCCACUCCCAUUCAAUUUCUGGCCGCUCGAUUCCCAGCCCUGGGUCCAAACGCACCUCAUCCACACGAACCCAUCGUAUAAACCUACCCAAGCAAAGCGAGGCAGCACAACAACCCCCGUCUAUCCGUCCUCAUUUCUCCAUGUUUGGCGGCCAUGACAGCAACACAGACGACCUCUCCACUCGCCAUGUGGACACCUACGAUAUCAGUCCUCUCCAGACCUUCUGGCAAUCCCUUCCGGGAUCAAAACAUUUCGCCCUCUCAGACAAUUUCAAGUUUAUCAUCAACAUCUGCAUGUGGUACAUAUCAUCCUCUCUGACGAAUAACAUUGGCAAGCAAAUCCUUACAUCCUUCAAGUACCCCGUAACCCUCACCUUUAUCCAAUUUGCCCUGGUUGCCAUGUGGUGUUUCUUGGUGGCCAACCUCGCCAGCACAACCCACAUCCGAUCACCCACCCAAGAGAUCGUCAGGACCAUCACCCCCUUGGCUGUCUUUUUGAUCGUUGGCCAUGUAUUCUCAAGUAUCGCGAUCAGCCGAGUACCCGUCAGUCUGGUACACACCAUCAAGGCCCUUGCGCCCCUCUUCACAGUCCUCUUUUAUCGCUUCAUUUUCCAGGUCCACUACACACCAAAUGUCUACAUCUCGCUCUUACCCCUCACCUUUGGCGUCAUCCUGGCAUGUUCUUUCACAUACUCUAACAGCGUGGUUGGUUUGUCGUGCGCACUUGGAUCGUGCUUUGUGUUUGUGACCCAGAAUAUAUUUAGCAAGAAGUUGUUGUUCAAGGAAGCCAAGAUGGGAGACCGGAACCCAAACAAACUCGACAAGAUCAACGUGCUGUUCUACUCGUCCUUUAUUUCAUGUGUGUUGAUGAUACCACUCUGGCUGUACUCUGACGGCUCGAGUCUGAUGGCCUUUUCGGUCGGCAACGAAGGGUCGCUCACCAAGACCCAGCUUGUGGUCUCUCUGUUUCUCAACGGAACGAUGAACUUUGGACAGAACUGGUUUGCAUUCACUACGCUCAGCAUGACCUCGCCCGUCACUUACUCGAUUUUCUCUCUGUUGAAGCGGAUCUUUGUUAUUGUGAUGAGUAUCGUUUGGUUCGGACAGCAGGUCACGAUUACCCAGUCGCUUGGGAUCAUGAUGACUUUUAUUGGUUUGUGGAUGUAUCAAAAGGCCAAAAGAGACGUUGAUCGUGGAGAGACCAAGAUCCGAGAAAAGUCGCUCGAUGGGCUGCCGACAGAGGAGAUCCCACUCGAAGACCUACCAAGGCACCGGAUGGAGGGCUUUACCUUGCCAGUAAACCAAGCCAAGAAAUGGGCCUCUACUCUGAUACCCCAGACCACCAGAGAUGAAAAAAUUCUGUAAUUUAUUUAUAUAGUCCAUUUCUUUUUUCUUCUCUCUUCGUUUCAUUAUUUUUUUUUAUUAUAGUUGUUGUUCUUCUUCUUCUUCAUCUUCUUUUUACCUUUUUACUUCUUUACUUUUUUUUUGAUAGCUUUGUUCAGUAGACAUUUCCUCCCUUUUUUUUUCUUUCUUUCGUUUAUUAUUUUUGCUGGUUCUUUUUUCUUUUAUAUAUGUAGAAAUAAUAUAUACAGUUUAUUUUCUUAUUAUU